GCGAAAGUUCGCGGUACGGCAGAAAGGUGGAAAAAAAAUUGGACACCCCAAAAAAAAUUCAGGAAAAUUCCCCAGCAAGGCAGUGGCAGAAAAAAAAAAAGCAUCACCUCACGCCAAACCGCCAGCUAUCACCUUGCAGUUUCUACAUCAUUGGCAACGGAUUCUUCAGCGCCGUCGGCAGAUAUCGGAUUAUAGGCACUUCCACCCUUGUUGAAUUCUUCUUUGUCUGUAUAUAUACUGCCUUUUCGCGAUACUGAAGCUAGGAUGGCGGAUUCAUCACUGCAGGUUCGUUUUGGAAGUCCUUUGUCCAGCCCCGCCAGGUGAAAAUGCUUGGAAGGGGCUGGGAAACGAGCUGUAGGAACCAUUAGCUGACAUCGCUGGUUAGGAUCGCCUGCGCGAUCAUGCCAAGGCGUUCGAUGGCCUGCUGAGUCUGAUUCCAGCCAAGAUGUACUAUGGCGAAGACACAAGCGUACGUUUUACCGAUUUGACC